UGACGCCCGGACCGCCGUCUGCGACCCGCGUCCUGCUCCCUCGUUCAACUCGAGUUUGGGGUUUCUUUUUUCAUUCUAAAUCAUUCUAAAAAAGAAGAAGAAGAAGAAGAAAGGAAGAAGAAGAAGCAACCAUGAAGACACAAGCUCGGCCUUCAUAUUUUCUGUCACUUUUGGCAGCUUUUUUGGUUCCCGGUGCCAUUUCCCCUGCUCAUGGUGACUACUGUGACGUGAAUAAGUGCAGCAAUGGUGGCACCUGUGUAACAACACCUGGAACUCCGUUCGUCUGCAUCUGCCCCGAUGGCUUCAGCGGCGACACCUGCAAUGAAACGGAGACCGGGCCUUGCAACCCCAACCCUUGCAAGAACGAUGCCAGUUGCAAAGUGAUGGGCCACUCCCGGCGAGGGGACGUCUUCAGCGAGUACGUCUGCAAGUGUCAGCCCGGCUUCGAUGGAGUCCACUGCCAGAACAGUGUCGAAGGGGCAGACCUGAUCGCUGAGAAAGACAUGAAUGACUGCACUGGCCAGCUUUGUCUCAAUGGUGGCUCCUGCAGGGACUUGGAUGGAGACUUCAUCUGCCGGUGCCCGUCCCCCUAUGUGGGCAAACACUGUCAACUCCGCUGCAUUUCCUUGCUGGGCAUGGAGGGAGGGGGAAUUGCCGAGUCCCAAAUCUCGGCCUCGUCGGUCCACUACGGGCUGCUGAGACUGCAGCGCUGGGGCCCUGAGCUGGCCCGCCUCAACAACAAGGGCCUGGUCAAUGCCUGGACCGCUGCUGCGCACGACAGGAACCCGUGGAUUGAGCUAAACAUGCAGAGGAAGAUGCGUUUCACGGGCAUCGUCACACAAGGUGCCAGCCGCAUGGGAAGUGCCGAGUACAUCAAGGCCUACAAGGUGGCUUCCAGCUUGGAUGGCAGAACCUACACCAUGUACAGAGCAGACGGACAGAGGAAGGAACAAGUGUUUGUGGGGAACAUGGACAACGACAGCACCAAGACCAACCUGUUUGACCCACCCAUCAUCGCCCAGUAUGUCCGCAUCAUCCCCAUGGUGUGUCGGAAGGCCUGCACCCUGCGCAUGGAGCUGGUGGGCUGUGAGCUCAACGGUUGUUCAGAGCCACUGGGCAUGAAGUCGCGGCUGGUGUCAGACCGCCAGAUCACAGCCUCCAGCACCUUCCGCACAUGGGGCAUCGAGGCCUUCACCUGGCACCCGCACUAUGCCCGACUGGACAAGCAGGGCAAGACCAACGCCUGGACCGCCGCAACCAACAAUCGCUCUGAAUGGCUUCAGGUGGACCUUGAGUCUCCCAAGAGGAUCACGGGAGUCAUCACACAGGGGGCCAAGGACUUUGGCUCUGUCCACUUUGUAACUGCCUUCAAAGUGGCCCACAGUAAUGAUGGACAGUCCUGGACCAUAGUCAAAGAGGAGGACAACAAGACAGACAAGAUCUUCCAGGGCAACAGCGACAACAACGUUCACAAAAAGAACAUCUUCAAUCCAGCCUUCUUCGCCCGCUUUGUCCGCAUCCUCCCAUGGGCGUGGCAUGAGCGCAUCACCCUCCGAAUGGAGAUCCUGGGUUGCAACGAGUAGCCCUGCCCUCAGUACCCCCACCCACCCAAUUCGACCCACCUCUACCUCUACCCCCCCAAAAAAAACCCGUUGUCUCCUCCCCUCUCUCUUUGCUCUCCUUCUCCUCCUGAGCCAUGCCUGCACUGCCUUGUUCGUGGCCCUAGGGGGCAGCAAACAUCAGAGUACUGCGCCACUACCCUAACCCCGGCUGGUUAGAGGUGGGAGAGGUUACCCUUAACCACUGUUAUCAGGAACUGGUUGAGUUAAUUUUUUUCCUCACAUCCCCCCUACUUUCUUUUUCCAAUAGAUCACACAUCUGUUUGAUUUAUUACGAGUGAUGAAGUGGUGUGGUUGUUGCACCAAACCAGCUACACAGGGUCAAUGAUCACUUUCAGGAGGGAAGACAGAAGGUAUGGUUACUUUUUGUAGUUGUCGCUGUACAGGGACAGGGUAAGAUCUUGCUCCAGCUGAUAUUUUUGAUCCAACGGUGGUGUAACUCUGAUCCCAGGUCGGAGAUGAGGGGUAACGGCUACUACUCCCAUGUCAGUUGGUGCUGUCUGGACUCUGGCCCUGUAUCAGUUGUACCCGAGACACUGAACUUCCAUGACCCGAGGCUGGUGAUGUACAUAAGCUCCUACAACUGAAUCCUUUGUGUUCCCCAACGUCACACAUGGGCGUUUUAUCAAAAAGGGAUCUUUGGACAAAAUGAUUUUGGUUAGUUAUUUUUCCUCAAAGAAACACGUACAUUAGCACUCUAAAUGAGCAGAAAAUGGCGUGUAAUUAUUCUUGAACCUCUUCAUUAAACUUGCGUACAGUACCAGUGGGCGCCAAAUCUUUUGCUUUCAGUACGAAUUGCUGAAUCCAGAACCUUCCUUUCUUUCUGUAAAAAGUGUAUCUUGAGGAAAAAUAACUGAACAAUGUAGAGGUAUCCCCCUAAAUAAUAGUUUUGUGUGUGGUACAGUAUUUCAAGUGUUUUCCUACAGUAGUUAAAAAAAAAAAAAGAGCCUAAGUUAAGGUUUUUUUCAGAGUUUGAUGAACAGUUUGACCAUUGUACCAAGUAAGAUUUCUAUUUGCAAAAAAAAGGUAGCUACUUGUAGCAGCCAAUAACAAGAUUUCUUUUGUUUUUUUGCUGCAUUUGUGGUGACUGCUGUUGGGUCAGUUUUGAAAUGCUGCUAUUUUCAUGACUCAAACGUUCCCAAAUCAGAGGACUAAAACCUAGAUUUUCUUGGUAUUAUGGCUAAUUUGACCAUAGUAUCCCUGUUGCUCACCCCUUUCCUAAAGUGGAUUAAAGUAAUAAUUUCAUUUCUGUAUUCUUUCCUCCCUCGGCAUUCUGGUCUGUGCUGCAUGUCUGUAUCUUGAGUGGCUACAAAGAAAUCCUGUUUGGACGGGGAACGCUAAAAAACUCAACACACACACACACGAUUAGUACACUAUAUUCCUACAUGUAAUCAGGAAAAGAGGUAUCGCAGUUAUUACGGGGCCAAACUGAUAUGAAUCUAAGGCUAGUAUAGACCUUUGUGUAUAUUUCACCCCCAGAUACAAAGAAUGUGUUGCAGAUGAUGCCACACCAAUGCUACCCAUUAAGACCCUUUUUUUUGUUUUGUUAGCAAAGACAAAAAAAGCUUAUGUGGUGGUGUUCAGGACACAAACUAUAAAACCCACCUUGAAAUUUAAGUAUGUAUUGUCACAUUAUUCAGUUAAAAAAAGGAUUAACCACUCGAUGUAACUGCAUGUCAAUUAUAGCAUAUAUUCUGCCAUUAUCCGGCCUAGAUAAGUCACAUUGUCCACACAUUGGUACACUAGCAGCUAAAAUGCCCAACGCUGUUUCCUUUUUCAGCUGUUUAUGGGUGACUGAAAUGUGUUGACUGAUGCUGUAUUUAGUUUAGUUAUAUCUAAUUAAAGGCAAAUUUUCACAUCAUCACCAAAAUUUGUCAUUGGCUGCUACAGAUAGGUUUGUUAUCCCUGAGAUGGGUUAUUAUUUUAAAGAACACAUCGUGGUGUUAUUUGACUGGUUUUGGAAUAAAUACAUGGCUGUUGAUGGGUCAUGUCUUCAACAUGCGGUAUCAACGGUACAAACUCAAGAGACGUGUGUGUUUGGGAAGAUUCAUGAUAAAAGAAUGUAGGUUAAAAAAAACCCCAAGUUAUGAGCAGUUUGACUCAUUUUGGAGAUGACGCCCUUGGAAUAGCUUUGAGAUGAAUGACGUCAUCACUGCAGCAUUGCCCCUUACCGAUAUGAGCCCAAGUCCUCUGGUUUGGUGACGGUGUCGCGCAAACUUUUAAGGUUAUCUGUACGUCUCAUUGAUGGAAUUUCCUCGUAAUCUGAGAAUCGGGGGAGCGGAGGAGGCUGCGGGUUAAAGAAUACUGACGGCUGUCAGUGACUUGGGUCUAAUUGGAUCUGCUUUACACUGUAUAUGCUACUGAAAGGCCAACAGUUCACAUACACUUCACUUCUUACUCACCUGACUGUGCUUUCCAAUUUCAUCACCCAGUCUCACCCUUUUUAAAAGGCACUUUUCAAAUGUUUGUGUUCUGACAAUGUAGACGUUGCCAAAACCCCUCAAAAAAGAAGGCAGUUUGUAUUAAAUGAAGCAAAUUGAGUAUGUAACUAUAAGUGAAAAUAAAUGCAGUUUUGGUCCGGCUGUGUUGGAAAGCUGAUCAAAGCUGCAAGUUCUCACACAGCUCAGUCGGACUGGGGACCCGGUCUUUGGCAGUCUGUGAUGAUCAUAUGUAGAUACAGUAUAUUAGAUAUAUAUGCCUUUUUUUCUUUUUUGUACUUGAUUUUUUUUUUCAAAUGAGUUAAUGUAAAUGUUUGCAGCAGACACAUCUCCAGGCCAUCAGCCUUGUACAGGAGGGUCCAAAAUUAUUCAGUCAAUUCAAAGCUGUGUCCCCACUGAUAAGGCUGGGAGAGAGAAACCAAAUUAAAGCCGAUUUUUACGGUCGAGAUGGCCAUGCGACGCAACCUGCCGUAUAAUCUGAUUCUAUAAUCUCUCCAGUCUCACAAUACACCAAAAACCUUUCCACCCCAUGAAUUAUGAAUUAUGGGCUUGUGCAAUAUUCUACUUUACUAGUUUGGUAAGACUGAAAAUUUUUAAUUUGAUGGAGAUUGCUGCAAAACACGGGCAACGACCUUACCGAUGUACGGGGGACUCCGGUGCCACCGUGAGGUGACUGGUGCACGCUAGUGUCAAAACACUGUACCAAUAUUUAUCAUCGUUGCAGACGGUUCCAGAAGUAUUUAACUGUGUUUCAUUCAUCUGCAUCACCAAGACGAAGAUUUCUCAUCUUGAGUUGAAUUGAUUUGGAUUCACCAGCUAUAUUUAGAUUUUUUAUUUUUGUCAUUCAUCAGCAUUCAUAUUAUUAUUGUCUGUGUUUUUUCCAGCUUGUUCAGGUUUUCUCUGAUUGAUCAAAAAUAAGACUUAAUGUGUUUUUAUGGUAUUAUCAAAGUUCAUAUUUUUGCCAUACUGACUCGAGACCUAGCAGUAUUUUGACUGGAUCUGAUGUAUUUUUUCUUCUUCAUGUAUAAGUUAAGAGAAUUCCCUUAUAUUUGGCCUUUGUAUCUUUUAAGAUGAAGAAUAAAAUAAAGAGUUUAAAU